AUGGCUCAAUGUGUACUGCGCUAUGCGCGCUACUCAGAGUUGCCUGAGAUUGCUCACGUUAUGGCAAAGGCUUUCUGGGACGACAAUCUGUUCGGUGAUCUUAUACAUCCGCACCGGAAUGAGUAUCCAGACGAUGUAGACUUGUAUUGGUUGCGACGAGCACGCGUCAGCUUUUGGAACUCACGCUGUCGAUUUAUUGUCGCUGUCGCCAAAGAUGAGACUGGCCAUGAGACUAUUGCUGGGAUUGCUCAAUGGGCAAGACUGGGAGAUGGGGGCAAGAAGCUAGAGAGCUGGUACAUGGCUCCUCGUGACCUGCUCAAGCCGUUGUCUUCUUUAAUUAUGACAGUUCACGCUUGGCUUUGGCCGAAUCGUGCAAGUGAUCCUAUUACAGAGGACAUUGUGGAACGUGCAUACCCUUACUUUAGUUCCUUAUGGACUGAUCAGCGUGCUGAAUCUUGGUUCCUCGACGUCCUGGCCGUACGACCAGACUGUCAAGGGAAAGGUGUUGGCCGCAAGCUUGUACAAUGGGGACUUGAUAACGCUGAGGGUGAUGGUAUUUGCGCUUCUGUGAUUAGUGCGUUUGGUAAGGAGAAGUUUUAUUGUAAAUGCGGAUUUAACGAGCAGUAUGGCAGCGCAAUGCAGGGAGACGGUAACCCUUUAGCAGGUAUUAAGGGUGGGAAUAUAUACUGGAAAGGUAUAAGUAAAGAGAUAUAA